AUGAACAAAUAUGAAAAGAUCAGGGACAUUGGGAAGGGGAACUACGGGAAUACCAUUCUUGUGCGCGACAAGAAGAACGACCACUACGUGAUGAAAAUAAUUAACAUAUCUCAGAUGACCCCAAAGGAGAAGAGGCAGUGUUUGAAGGAGGUGGAGCUGCUGUCCAAGCUGAACCACCCCUUCAUCGUCAAGUACAUCGAGAGCUACAUAGAGGGGGACACGCUGAGAAUCGUCAUGAAGCACUGCAAAGGCGGAGACCUCUACCACUACAUACAGAACAAGAAGAAGCAGAACACCCCCAUAAAGGAGACGCGCAUCCUCAUCUGGCUGACUCAAAUUUUGACGGCGCUUAAGUUUUUGCACUCCAACCACAUCCUCCACAGGGACAUGAAGUCUCUGAACAUCCUCAUCGAUAACGACAAGCGAGUGCGUCUGUGCGACUUUGGGAUCUCGAAGGUCCUCGAAAAUACGCUUGACUACGCCAACACGCUGAUAGGGACGCCCUACUACUUAAGCCCCGAGCUGUGUAAAGAUAAAAAAUACAGCUGGCCCUCCGACGUCUGGGCCACGGGCUGCCUCAUUUACGAGCUGGCCACCUUCCGCACGCCCUUCCACUCCACCAAGGGGAUUCAGCAGCUCUGCUACAACAUUAGAUACGCCCCCAUCCCAGACCUUCCGAACAUUUACUCUAAGGAGCUGAAUAACAUCUACAAGAGCAUGCUGAUUCGGGAGCCCAGCUACCGAGCCACCGUGCAGCAGCUGCUCGUCUCCGACAUUGUGCAGAGACAACUGAAGCUGCUGAUUGAGGAGAAGAUCCGGGAGAAGCAAAACAUGAAGAGGCCCCUAAAGGAAAAGCCCGCGGCUGAAAACGAGGGGCCGGGUGCAAAUGAGCAGGAGGUCAAGACGCUGCUCCUGGACGUCGUCGACGCGUGAGGUGCUGCGGUGAGGGGGCAGGUUUGUGGGCCGAAGCCUGACUGGUCGACACUGCUAACCACUGCCCGCCCAGCUUGACAUGACCGGGUGUUACCCCCGAGGGAAGCUUCGCCGAAAAAAAAACGUCCAAGUUGGGGAAAUCCACGGAGGGGAUCGAAGCGCUGCAGAGUUGAGCUGCUCGUUCAUUUUAUUAUUUAUUUUUUUUUUUAUUAUUAUUUCUUUUUUUUGCUGUCCCCCUUUUGAGGACUGGACGGGCGCGUUGGUUUUUUCAAUUUUAUUUUUUUUUUUAACUUUAUUUUUUACUUUAUUUUUUUUUUUUCCCCCUGAUGUUACGCACAUGUAUGUAUUUCCCGCAGGGGAUAGCGGCGCUAACUUUUUUUCCUCCCCUUUGCUGCAUUCAUUUUCUAAAGU